AUGCUUCAGGUCCCUUUGAAGUCCAAAAAUGGCCUGGCUUAUACAGGAAGAGAAAGAGAAGUUUUAAAAUUGAGAGGACUUCUACCUCCAGCUGUUAGAAGUUCAGAAUUACAAGUAAAAGCGGUUUUAGAAAACUUAAAAGGUUACGAGAAUGAUCUAUCUCGAUAUCUAUAUUUGAGGCAACUUCAGGAUGACAACGAAAGAUUAUUUUAUCGCGUCUUAUGUGAGCAUACCGAUUUGUUAAUGCCUAUAGUAUAUACCCCUACAGUUGGAUUGGCAUGCUUAAAAUACAGUGUUCUGUUUGAAAGACCAAGAGGAUUAUAUCUUUCCGUGCACGAUUCCGGUCAUAUUUAUAAUAUUUUAGGAAAUUGGCCAGAAAAAGAUGUUAAAGCGAUUGUUGUAACCGAUGGCGAGAGGAUACUGGGUCUUGGUGAUUUAGGUGCAAACGGUAUGGGAAUAUCUGUCGGUAAAUUGGCAUUGUAUACUGCUUUAGCAGGUAUUCCUCCAUACUUCACACUACCUGUAACAUUAGACGUCGGUACAAAUAAUGAAGGAUUACUUGCAGAUCCUUUUUAUAUUGGUCUUAAACAGAAAAGGGUUAGGGGACCAGAAUAUGACGAUUUUAUAGAAGAGUUUAUGGAAGCUAUAGUCAAAAAAUUUGGUCGAUUCUGUUUAAUACAAUUCGAAGAUUUCGGUAACAGUAAUGCAUUCAGAUUACUAGAAAAAUACAAGUAUCAUUAUUGUACUUUUAACGAUGAUAUUCAAGGUACAGCUUCCGUCGCUGUUGCGGGUAUUAUUGCAAGUUUAAAAAUAACAGGAAAAAAAUUAUCACAGAACAUAUUUUUAUUUCAGGGUGCUGGUGAAGCAGCGCUGGGAACUGCCGAUCUACUAGUUAUGGCUAUGGAUCAAGAAGGUCUAUCGAAAGACGAGGCUACUAGUCGAAUUUGGAUGAUAGAUUCUAAGGGUCUCAUCGUUAAGAAUCGUCCAAGCGGUGGCAUAAAUGCACAUAAAGGGAAAUAUGCCAAAGAAUGUCAUCCAAUACAAAAUUUAGAAGAAAUAGUUAAAUUUGUUAAGCCAACCGUUUUAAUAGGCGUUUCAGCCCAAAAAGGUGUUUUCACACCGGCUGUAUUGAAAGCCAUGGCUUCCAUGUCAGAUCAUCCUGUAGUAUUUGCAUUGAGUAACCCGACCGAUAAAGCAGAGUGUACAGCAGAGGAAGCGUACACUUACACAGAAGGUAAAUGUGUUUUCGCUAGCGGUAGUCCCUUUCCUCCUUUCACCUACCAGGGUAAAACUUAUCAUCCUGGACAAGGAAACAACGCUUACAUAUUUCCUGGAAUGGCUCUUGCAGUUACAGGUUGCGGCGUACAUCACAUUAAUGACGAAUCCUUUCUGGUAGCAGCUAAGGCUCUGGCUAACCAGGUGACCAAAGAGCAUAUUUCAGAAGGUCGUGUAUAUCCUCCCCUCCAGUCUAUACGUGAUGUAUCGCUUAACAUCGCUGCAAAACUAGCUCAAUAUUUUUAUGUGGAGAGUAUGGCCACUUACAGACCGGAACCGGAAGAUAAAGUUAGUUUCUUAAAGGGCAAACAAUACGAUUACAAUUACGUAGGUUAUAGUAACCGCCACAUCAACCUGAAUGGCUUAUUUAGUCAAUUAAAUUCUAUUUUUAGAGGAUUAUAUCUUUCCGUGCACGAUUCCGGUCAUAUUUAUAAUAUUUUAGGAAAUUGGCCAGAAAAAGAUGUUAAAGCGAUUGUUGUAACCGAUGGCGAGAGGAUACUGGGUCUUGGUGAUUUAGGUGCAAACGGUAUGGGAAUAUCUGUCGGUAAAUUGGCAUUGUAUACUGCUUUAGCAGGUAUUCCUCCAUACUUCACACUACCUGUAACAUUAGACGUCGGUACAAAUAAUGAAGGAUUACUUGCAGNUUUCGCAUUUGCAGACUAA